CAGAGAGCAUCGGCUGACAGCAGCACUUUACCGGGGAUGGAGGAGGGGGAUCUAGAGGCAUGAGCCGGGCUGUGACCGCCACAUGGACAGAUUGCUGACAAAAUGAAAUGUGUGCUGAUUUAACAUUAAGAGGAAGUUUUUGUGCGGUGGAACUACUUUUUCUAUUUUUGGUGUCUGUGUGCAGUCGCUUGGAGUAGACUAGUGAGACCAAGAUUCUCCUCCUGACCCCACAAACUGCUGCCAUGAUGUCCAAGUCAACCCUCCUGAAGGUGAUCCUCCUGGGUGACGGCGGCGUCGGCAAAUCGUCGCUCAUGAACCGCUACGUCACCAACAAGUUCGACUCGCACCUCUUCCACACGAUAGGCGUGGAGUUCCUCAACAAGGAGCUGGAGGUGGACGGCCACCACGUCACCCUGCAGAUCUGGGACACGGCGGGCCAGGAGCGCUUCCGCAGCCUCCGCACGCCGUUCUACCGCGGCUCCGACUGCUGCCUGCUCACCUUCAGCGUGGACGACGGGCAGAGCUUCAGCAACCUGUCCAACUGGAAGAAGGAGUUCACCUACUACGCCGACGUAAAGGACCCCGACAACUUCCCCUUCGUGGUGCUGGGCAACAAGCUGGAUGUGCCGGAGCGGCAGGUGUCAGGGGAGGACGCUCGGCAGUGGUGCCGGGAGAACGGAGGCCACCCGUACUUUGAGACGAGCGCCAAGGAUGCUACAAAUGUGGCAUCGGCCUUCGAGGAGGCGGUACGUCGCAUUCUGGCGUUGGACGACAGAGCUGAUCACCUCAUUCACACCAACACUGUGGACCUGCAGAGGAAGAGCCACCCUGACUCCAGCUGCUGCUGAGCACAGAGCUCAAUGUGAUGCUUCUGCAUUUGUGGUUUGUGACUUUGCAGAAAAGAGGAACUGUUGAAACCCUCAGAUAAAUGUGUGUGAUAGGAUCGGAAUAUUUUUUAGCUCAAAACUGACAAUAUUUGUGCCAAUAUUCUGCAUUUACACCACACAAGGGACAAAAAACUCUCAACCAAUCACUUCCAAACUCUGAUAAUCCCUAUUUAGGAAUAUGAUUAUUAAUUUAUACAAAGCAUUGAUGGUCAGUUAAUAGAAUGAUAUUUCUGACACAUUGUAUGGAUUAAUUUGUGGUCAGUGAUGACCUCAGUUGUAUCAGAGGUGGACAUAACUGGGUCAUACCUGAAGGUUAAAGGCCGGUAGUGAGUGAUUGUGAUUGUGUUGGGGUUUCUGUGAUAAGAACUAGCAGUCCUCAAGAUGAAAAACCUGACAAAGGCUGAAGGAAAAAAAGAGUCACUGAUGGAGCUGUGGUUACAAGUUUGAGCCCACAAAAGCAGAAGUAAAAACAUUAAUGUCUGCCUCUAGAAGCAGAAACAACCACAGCUAGUUUACAGCUACAAUAUUGUGAUUUGGUUCUGACUGUGACUCACACCCUCAAAAUGAUUUUCAACUACCAUGAGAAAACAACUGAGUGCUGUUAAGGUUUUUUUUUUCACAUCGUUAUUGUCAUAUUUUUUGUUAUGAGCACAAAGAGUCCAGCUAUAAUUCAAACUCUGGGAGUACAGCAUAUAUAAGGUACACAUGACAAAUAAGAAAGUCAAUUACCGACAUUGACUACUCGUGGUUUAAAGUUUAUACAGUUAGUCACUUGAUCAACUAGAUGUAAUCGUUUUUUAAUCUUUUGUUCUUUUCUGUUGGGAUGAUAGUGCCAAAACAGAAAUCUUAAAAAAUCGUGUUGAUUUGAAUAUCGAGACUUUUGGUAACACCAGUGAUGAUGGAAUUUUGUGUUUCUUUAAGGAAGAAUUAAGCUACUUUUAUUUGUUGCUGGAGAUAUUAAUUUACUGUAUUUCAGUAUUUAUUGAUUCUUGUUCCUUCUUCUCUCACUAUGACCUGAAGCUUUAGUUGUAAAAUCAAAUGACUCUAAUGACACUGUGGCCUGUUCAUGUAUAAUCUUCAUUAGCAGUACCUUGUUUAAGGCCAAUGACACACACAGUUUUUUUUUUUACACUGGAAAUAAAACAGAAGCCAAC